CACGUUGGCAGCUAAAGUUGCCGGCGAAUGGUCGAGUUGGAGGAAGAAGGCAAAUGUGCGUGCUGCAGCGUGCAGCUGCCAUCCUCCUGCAAUUUCAAAGCACACCACCUCACAACGGGUCGGAAAACGCUCUAUACCUAGGUACAAGACUCAGAGGGUUGGCCUGACGUUCCCUGCUUCCGGAACCUUUUGGGCGCCCCUUGUAUUGGGCUGCUUAAGGAGAUUUCAUAUCAGGUCCUGACCUCUUGGGGCAAAGCAAUCUCUGCAUUUCUUGAGAGUGUCCUAUUGGGGAGGCGGUAUGGCAAUUGCCGCUGCUGCCAGGAUUGCCAAUGCCCAUGGGGCAUUGAGCAACCUGACAAAGUCUGUACAUAGAACGGCCGACCUGGCGCCUUGCCCUGCGAUAAGCCAAGCUCUAGCGCAAGGCAGUGUUAUAAGCCGGAAGCAGGGUCGCCAAAUUUACCACCAACUUGCUAAAAGCCAUGCCGCUUUCCAGCUGGCGAGGGAAGAGCCGCUGCCAAGGAGAGCUAGGUUCGCGGUCUCGGCAAAGCAAGCCACGGUUGCGCCCCCCGCCACAAGGACGGAUGAUGUCACAGAGGGGCUUCUAGAUUGUGUUGUGGUGGGAGGAGGGGUGUCAGGGCUGUGCACAGCGCAGGCGCUGAGGACAGAGCAUGGAGAUGCAAUGCCGAGGGUGCUGGUGACAGAGGCUCGGGAACGGGUUGGCGGGAACAUCACAACGGUUGAGAAGGACGGCUAUCUUUGGGAGGAGGGCCCUAACAGCUUCCAGCCUGGAGUACCGAUGCUCAAAAUGAUAGUGGACAGCGGUAUCAAGGAGGAGUUGGUCCUUGGAGACCCGACGGCGCCCCGCUUUGUGCUGUGGGGCGGCAGGUUGCGGCCGGUGCCAGCGGGCCUCACGGACCUUCCAUUCUUUGACCUCCUCAGUAUCUUUGGCAAGAUCAGGGCCGGGCUGGGGGCACUCGGUUUCCGGCCAGGACCUCCCGGGCGGGAAGAGUCGGUGGAAGAGUUUGUGCGCAGAAAUCUGGGAGAUGAAGUCUUUGAGAGGCUCAUUGAGCCCUUCUGCUCAGGUGUGUAUGCGGGGGAUCCCUCUAAGCUGAGCAUGAAGGCCGCCUUUGGCAAGGUGCAGCGCCUAGAGGACAUUGGUGGCAGUAUUGUAGGGGGGAGCUUAAAACUGAUCAAGGAGAGGAAAGCAAACCCCCCGCCGCCACCUGACCCGCGGCUCCCAAAGCCAAAGGGUCAAACCGUGGGAUCUUUCAAGAAAGGCCUCCAGACGCUGCCAAAGGCAAUUGCUGAUAUUCUGGGCGACACGGUGAAGGUCAACUGGAAGCUGACGGCAAUGGCGAAGGUGGGGAACGCGUAUGAGCUGACGUACAGCACGCCAGAGGGGCAGAAGGUCGUCAAAACGCGGACGGUCGCGCUAACUGUGCCUGCUUACACAGCCAGCUCGCUACUGAGGGAGAUCAACUUGGAGGCCUCGGACGCUUUGGCCCGGUUCUACUACCCCCCGGUGGGUGCCGUCACCAUCUCGUACCCCGAGUCGGCAGUUCGCGAGGAGCGGCUGGUCAACGGCAAGCUCAACGGCUUUGGACAGCUGCACCCGCGCAGCCAGGGGGUCGUCACGCUGGGCACCAUCUACAGCUCCGCCCUCUUCCCGAACAGGGCGCCCGAGGGCCGGGUGCUCAUUCUCAACUACAUUGGAGGGGCCUUGAAUCCUGACAUCGUGAACCAGUCGGAGGAUGAGUUGGUGGCGCAAGUCGACAAGGACAUUCGGACAAUGCUGAUCAAGCCGGACGCGCCCAAGCCCUUGAAGCACGGCGUCCGAGUGUGGCCGAAAGCGAUCCCGCAGUUUACGGUGGGCCACUUGGAGACGCUUGAAGAGGCGCGGCAAGCCCUCAAGGACGCUGGCCAUGACGGAAUUAUCCUGGGGGGAAACUACGUGGCGGGCGUGGCACUGGGGCGGUGCGUCGAGGGCGCAUAUGAGAGCGCCAAGGACAUUGCAAAAGCCGCCGAGACGGCGGACAUGUUUGUAUGAAGCCGUCGGAUCGGAGCGCAUUACGUUUGAGGGGGAAAAGUAGGACAAUAAUAAUGAGUGGUAUGCAACCAUGCUAAGUUUGAACCGGCGUCUCAAGAUUGACCUUUGCAUCCUCGGCCUGGUUUUCUUUGCACAAGUGCUUGGCGGAUUUUUCUGCCAAGGCCUGAUUUGGAAAGCUAGCAAGUUACGGACAUACAGACUGGACGUCUUGGUCAUAAGUAAACGGCGCGCACCAGGGCACUCUUCAAGCUCACGAUGUGAAACCAAAAGCUUAUGAUUGCAAAUCGUUUUGCCACGCGAACUCGGCCCCAAGUCGAUCUUUUUGUUGUAUCUGAUAAGAGCAGACAUUUCAAGUCUCAUAAGAUA